AUGAUGACGAUCAUCAAUCAAUCAUCAAUAAUAAUCGUAAUAUUAGUUGUUUUCAUUGUACUCUUAUCAGAUCAAGUAGUACAAUGUGAUAUGACUGUAUUGUUUUGGUGCGGAUUUAGUUGGUGUGGACUAGGUGCCUCAAAGUAUACUCUACCCAACUAUCUUGGUCAAGAAUUUACUAAAGAUCAAUGUCCUGUUAAUUGUUUUUUUACAGGAGAUAAAAAUAGAGCAGCAGAAGUUGAUGCAAUUAUGUUUGAAGCACAACCAAUGAGUAUUUAUGGACAUGAAUACUUGAAACCCGAUAAAUUACCCAAACUACCACCCAAAGAAGUUGGCCAGACAUUUAUUCAUUUUGGUUAUGAACACGAAGACUACUUUCCAUUUAUGGAUGAACCUACGUUUAUGUGGUCGAUGGAUUUGAAUAUGACAUUUAGACAAAAUUGUCAAGUCCCUACAACGUUUGCGUGUAGUUGGGGUCAACUUGCAAAUGGUUCAAUCAAUAACUUUCUCAAUCCACCAAUGCCAUUUCUACAAAAGGUACCGGCCGCUGCCUUUUUAGCUGUCAAUUGUGGUGCUGGUGGUGCAGUGUUCCGUAAUAUCUAUAUUCAAGAGAUGAUGAAAUACACUCCCAUUCAUUGUUUGGGAUCUUGUAUGCACAAUAUGGAUCUUCCACCAGAUGAUAAUCCAGGUCCUGUUUGGAAUGACCUUGGACGUGCAAUGAAUAGAAAGGUUCAUAUCUUUGGUCGUUAUCGUUUCUCUCUUGCCUUUGAAAAUAAUAAUUUAACUGAUUAUAUUUCUGAAAAGGUUUUUACUGCUCUAUUGAGUGGAACAUUACCAAUUUAUAUGGGAGCACCAAAUAUUGAUGAAUUUGUACCACAAAAUAGUAUAAUCAAAACAUCAGAUUUUAAAUCACCCAAACAUCUUUGUGAUUACAUCAAUUAUUUGAUGAACAAUGAAACAGAGUACCAAAAAUAUUUUGAAUGGAAAAAGCUUCCUCUACCAGCACACUUUAUAGAUAAAUACGAUCGAUGUGUAUUUUAUUCUGGUGAUUGUGCACUUUGUAAAUACCUACACAAACUAAAAGAUAUGCAAGCCAAUGUAACAUCUGCCCAACUACAAGGACAUCGAUUUGUCUUUGGUGAACCUGAAUGGGUUGCUCAUUCAACAAGAAACCUUGUCGUCAAUCGAAAAACAUGUAUUCGUCUAUUACCAGUUUCUCCCAAACAGGUUGAAGGUAAUUUUGCUUUUACAGCUUGGAUCAAUAUUGAAUCAACUGGUGCAAGAAAAGUUUUUAAAAUUGGAAAUGAUUCAUAUAUUGCCAUUCACAAACAACAUGAUGGCCCAAUAUCUUCUCGUUCCUCUCAGCAACAACAAGAUCAACAACAACAAGCUUUUCAACCAAAUAAUAUGUUUUUAUCAUUUUGUGUACAUAAUGAUUGUAUUAUUAGUGAAACUCCUUUAAAAUAUGGUUUAUGGAGACAUAUAGGUAUUACUGUAAAACAAAUAAAUGAUCAUAUGGAAGAAACAAAAUUAUAUAUUCAUGGUAAUUUGGAUACAACUCAAGUAGCUUCACAAAAUACUUUUUUUAAAUUGGAUAAUAUGGAAAUUGGUUGUGAUCAACAAGAAUCAUUUUUUGGAAAGAUGGAUGAUAUAGUUAUAUGGACAAAAGAAUUGGAUGAAAGAGAAAUUAGAAAGUCAAUGUAUAAGAAAUAUAGAGGUAAUGAAGAUGGAUUAUCUCUUUAUAUGACAUUUAAUAAUAUUGCAACACCAGUUGAAGAUUAUUCAUCAAAUAGAAUUGAUCUUGUAGAUCCAGUUGCCGAAUCUGAAGAAUCAGCACUUAGAGAUUUAGAUUUAAGAUGUUGUAAUUGGUCUGAUUAA